AUGUUUUCGAGUAUUGCCAUUAACAAUAAUCAUGCGGAUAAGUCGCUGCCGGCGCUGCUACUGCUUCCUUCUGUGAUACAUUUUGAGGCUCGCCAGCAAAACGCGGCCGAAGAGUUCCCGCACCAUGGAUAUGAGGUACAAGGCGAUAAUUGUAACGGUGACAUUUACUACUCGCGACAGCAGCUACUACCGCAACAGCUGCUGCCAGUGCAUCUUCCGCGAAUGGAGCAAACGACACAAACGCAUGCGCCUUCCUCGCUAGAUACAGCAUCGGAAAAAGUGAACACGCUGACUCCGAUCACUGCAGAUAGUACUACAUUGCAUUAUGAGGCGUCCUAUAGCACUCCUCGAUCUCCUGAAUCCGGCACUGCUAAAUCUGUGUCCCCACCAUUGCCAGAAAGUGCUCAACUAGCUGUGCCUCAGGACCAAUCACACUUGACUGCAUCGUCUCCAUCAUCUAUUAAUCAGGAACCAACGGUAAUAACUGCAUCAAAAUAUAAGAGACAGCGUACAGGGCCAAGCUGUGACAUAUGUCGCUCGAAAAAAAUCAAAUGCGAUGCGACGAUAACAAUUCUUUUUCAAGAUCCGAGCGUAACAAGGUCAUAUAGCAAUCAAUUGCAUUCCCAAGUGAGUGUUUCCGAUUUGAGCAGGGAGACAUUCACCCAGAUACCUAAGGACAUUAGAAAAGCACUUUUGACUAAGGAAUUGCUACUAUUAAAACAUAUUGAUAAACUAAUAGCCUUUAAACCAUGCACAUCAUGCUCCAAACGGAAAAACUGUGUCUGUUCAUUUAGUAAGGGAUUUACUCGGGCAGAUAUCAAUGUUUUUACUAACUUAUGCAUGAAAUUUGGUAAAAGAAGUUCUAUUGAACAUUUUAACAUAGAGGAUUAUAGAAAAUGUGGUUACCAGGUAUAA